AUGUUCUAUUCCGAGACCCUUCUGUCGAAGACGGGGCCACUGGCCCGCGUUUGGCUGUCGGCCAACCUGGAGCGCAAGCUUUCCAAAUCGCACAUCUUGCAAUCGGAUAUCGAAAGUAGCGUGAGUGCCAUUGUGGAUCAAGGACAAGCACCCAUGGCUCUGCGAUUGAGUGGUCAGUUGCUGUUGGGUGUGGUCCGCAUCUAUAGUAGAAAGGCGCGCUAUCUAUUGGAUGAUUGCAAUGAAGCACUGAUGAAGAUUAAAAUGGCCUUUCGGUUGACCAAUAACAAUGACCUGACCACUACCGUCGUCGCGCCAGGUGGUAUUACACUGCCUGAUGUGCUUACCGAGUCUGACCUAUUCAUGAACCUGGAUUCUUCCUUGCUGCUGCCUCAAACCCUCCACUUAGAGCCGGAGGGCAAGCAGCCGGGAUCGUCAAUGGAUUUUGGAAGUCAGCUUCUCCCUGACAGUAGUUUUCGGCGCUCUGUCUCCCAGGAGCCCGUACGUCUCGAAGAUCAUACUUUAAUUGACCUUGAUUUGGGUGAGGACGAGACGCCGUUGGGUCAUGAUUUCAGCAUGGAAGUCGGGCGAGACGCCCCGGCUCCUCGACCGGUUGAGGAAGAUCUCUUCAGCGAUGCCGGGAAGUUCAAUGAUGUCGAUCUGCCUCUGGAUCUCGGUGAGGAUGAUGCGCCUUUGGAUAAGAUGGAUUUGGGCAACGACGGUCCUCAGGACACUCUCCUGCAGGCGGAUGAUACGAUGGAUUUUGGUGGCGAUGAAGGGGGCAUGGCGCUCGAUGUUGAGCACCACGAAUCGGAUCGCGAAUCGGUUCUCACUAAUAUCGCGGAUGAAGAGGUGAACAAACUCAUACAGCACGAUAGAACUUUCCAGGAAGAAGAGGAAGGCGACGAGGAGCAGGAAGGUGCGGUUGCCUUCCAACACGCGCAGCGCUCCAAACGACGGAAGGUCGAGACCUUGAUGGAGGCCGAUGUGAAAAUUGACUACAAGGGCAAAGCCAUUAAAGAGCUGCAUGACAACCGCUCCAGUAUCAUGAAGGAGACAUCUUAUCUGCCUCGCGACCCCGUCCUUCUCACCCUCAUGAACAUGCAAAAGAACGGCGACUUUGUGUCGAACGUGAUGGGCGGAGGCCGUGGUCGUGGCUGGGCCCCAGAGCUUCGUGAUCUGCUUUCGCUCGACGCCGUGAAGAGGGCCGGUGAACUCAAGAGAAAGCGCGACAGCGGCAUUUCCGACAUGGAUAUCGAAGCAGUCAAUGCCCCUGCGUUGGAACUUGGCGAAGAAGAAGCGAUCGUGCCGGUCGACGAAGGACUCGGACUUGACUCGACGCUUAAUCAACGGUCCGAAAUUGAAUUCCCCGGAGACGAGGAAGACCAAGGCCUUCGCAUGAGCGAUGACGACGGAAUGAACCAGCCACUGGACGACUUUGACGAUACCAUCCAACCGGCUGACAGCGGCCCAGUGUCAAUUGGUACCAAGCAUGCCGUUCACAUCCUCCGUGACCGCUUAGGUGAGGCGGAGCAGAAGAGGAGCGUGCGGUUCGAAGACCUUCUGCCUGAGAAGAAAGCGUCGAAGGCCGACGCGACCAAGAUGUUUUUCGAGAUUUUGGUGCUCGCCACCAAAGACUCUGUGCAGGUCGAACAACGCCCUGAUACUGUGGGCGGACCCCUUAAGGUCCGUGGAAAACGCGCUCUCUGGGGCUCGUGGGCUGAAGAGACUACCGGCGGAGAGUCUGUCGACCAAUCCACUGCGGUGGCAGCUUAA